UAUCUGCGAUCAAUACCAGGCGGCACCUCCGCCUUACGCAAUCGUUAUGCGUCAAGCAGCACAAACAAGGCUCAAUCUCGUCGACGGCCCAUGAAUAAGUUAACUGCUUCACAUUCCCUGGACUCUGCUACUACCACUACAAUGAGCUGUACCCUUUUGCACCAUCCCUUACCCAAUAAAGCCUUCCCUUUUCUUCCCGACGGUACGGCCUACCUACUUUCUGAUGAGCAGCAUCGAGCUGUGGAGCAGUCGCUCUGCACUACCAAGUUGCUGUUGCAUCGACUCAAGCGCCUUCUUGUUGAGGUGAAGUGAAUGAUUCCCAUCAAAAUUGGACGGCAAUUAUCAAGCAAUGGAGUCCUGUACUCAUUGUUGUCCUUGCGGUGUUUUCGAGCUCUGCAUGUCAGUUUGAAUCCCAUUUACUCGGUGUCGCGUUUAAAACCGUUUCGUAAACCUCCCCCAACUGAGGGAGGCGUGGUGCCUGGUAGCAGUGUUGAAGGCAUCCGGACACGAAGUAUUGAUAUGGAUCAAGCGAAGGUGGACCUUCUCACAAAACAUCUCGGCCAUCCAGAUGACUGGCAACUAAUCUAUCGUCUACGAGCUAUGCCUAUUGCUCAGGCUCUUUCCAGACUCAAACUCUUUCUCACUUUCGCAUUGCUUGCGGGAGCAUCGGCAUCCACAGUUGGUCACCUCUUUGAUAAGGUCGAUGUGCAGCUUUGCCAGUUCCUUCUUGCUGCUUCACUUUUCUCUCUGUGCACGCUAUGUGCUUUCAGCUUCUACUCAACCAAGGUCGUUGGUGUGGUAAGUUGUUCACCCUCACUACUAUCAUUAGAUUUGGACUUUAAUUGUCCAAAAAAGUUCACUCAUAAGUUGCUCUUUGCGGACAAUUUUCUUUCCACCAUAAAGGUGAGUCUGAACAAGUCGACUGGAUUGCUUCGCCUAGGUCUGCUCACCUUUUGGGGCAAGCGACACAACAUACUUAUUCGUCCCGAACAACUCCUUCCGGCUACAGAUCUGUCCAACAGCAACAACAAACGCACUGUUUGUGUGGGCCUUACUGGAGACAUUUUGAAUCCUAAGUACAGUACAAUCCGAUUUUUGUAUGUUUCCUCCGUGACUGGCCAGAUUGGAGAUCGUGAUUUGUUUGAAAAACACAUCGGAAGAAUGUGGCAGCACUUGUAA